UGAUGUUUUCCAUUUUCUACAGGUUCCAGAGUUCAUCCAGUUCCUCACCGUCAAAGGAGAUCCACAAACGAGUGCAGAGAAUCCUCAGCAGCUCUGGUCCCCGCUGCAAGCUUUCCUUUGUACGUCACCCCUGAGAUUGCAACGCAUGUAAUGCUGUCAUUCAAUGCGCACGUUAACCCAUGCAAACUGAUUCUCCAAAACACUCAUUAUAGCACAUGUCAGUGUUUCAAACGUCCUCCAUUGAUUCUGUCAGGCACUCUGUAUUCUUCACAUCCAUUGUGUCAGGAUGUGCUGCCACUGUCUUUCAGGAAGUGAACGAGGAUGAAGAGAGUGAGGCGGGUUCAUGUGGGUCCACCCACCCACAACAUGGUGACAGCUGGCUGCCGCAGGACAGGCUAAUUCCUGGGGAACCAUCUGUUCAUUUAGACAACGGCACAUUUUGGAGUAACAGAGCGGCCGUCUACUCUGGGAAGCCUCACAGAGCUGUGUUUGAGGACAGUUUGAGCAAAAUCUACAAGAACCUCUACAGAAACGCUUCACAGCCAGGACACGGUGGAGAAAGCAGCUGGACACAAUGACCAAAGACAUGCAACUAGUCUUUUAAUGCAGUGGUUUUCAAUCAUGGUCCUGGAAACCCACUUUUCUGAAUAUCGUCCACUUGGAAUUAUAAGGUUCUAUAAGCCCUGGAGGCUGACGAGGGCAUGGCUGAAUUAGAGCAGGAAGCCUCCAGGGCGGAGCAGGCUGAGGGCAUGACCAGAGCGGAGCAGGACGAGGGCGUGGCUGAGCAAGCUGAGGGCGUGACCAGGGUGGAGCAGGAUGUGGGCGUGGCAGAGCAGGCUGAGGGCGUGACCAGGGCAGAGCAGGACAUAGACGUGACCGAACAGGCUGAGGGCGGAGCAGGACAUGGACGUGGCAGAGCAGGCUGAGGGCGUGGCCAGGGCGUUGCCAGGGCGGAGCAGGAUGAGGGCAUUGCCAGGAUGGUGAAGACCCAACUCCAAACAAGUACAAGGAAGACUGGCAGAAGAAUACAUACACUAUCCAUGAAACAUAAUCAAGAACCGACAAGCACAGACUGAACCAGAGAGAACUAAAUACAGAUAGGUGGAUGAUUGAGGGAGUGAGUUCAGGUGUGGAGACAAGAGGAUGCUGGGAAGUCUAGUGAAGAUGACGAAGACAGAAUGGUGCAGUCAAAGACUUGACAAUUAUAGUCAGUGAAUAAUUUUUCAAUGAUUAUUAAACUUUAUGAAUUAAUUUGCUGAAGCAUGUCGAUUUUCUUGCAGUUCUUAAAGUCUUAAAGUGUCUUAUUUUUUACCAUAUUAAGGCUUAUAGGUCAAAUAUUUAACAAUUUAAUUAACGGGGUCUUAAUUACAACAAUAAACGUUUGCAAGUUAUUUCAGCCAUAUUGAGGUCUAGAGAGAAAGCCAUUUUACCCGGUCCACUUUAGCUGGAAUAAGGUCCUGCUCGGAUGUAUUACAGUGGCUGCUUUCUGUCUAAGCAAAAGAAAGAUUAAAGUAUAAUUUGUGCAAUAAUGUGUUUAAAUACCCACCAAAUUGAUAUCAAAAAUGAAGAUUAUGCACUGGGGAAAAUAUUUAGACCUACCUUGCUUAAUUUGAAAUGUUCUAAAUACAUGGAAGUGCUAAAAAAAAUAAAUAAAUAAAUGUCAUAGAAAGGAUAAAAUUUUACUUUCUAACACAUGUUGAGACAUUGUUACAACAUUAUUAUUUUUUAUUUAAUGUUCAAAUAAUGUUAGAAUUAGAAGGUUCUAUCUGCAUUUGAUCCAUUCCAAAAAUCCCCAUUUACAAAUUUGAGAGGAUUUUGAUAUUUUAUGUUUAGAAUACAUUUAGGGACCCUGUUAUUUUCAUGUUUGAAAGAAACUUGUUCCCCAUAUAAAUUUUCCUAUAUGUAAUGCAAAAACUUUGAAGCGCAAUAUCUCAAAACUGCUCAGAAUGCAGAUAGAACCUUAUAAUUCCAAUGGGACGUAGUGUGUGUAAUCUUCUGCCAGUCUUCCUUGUACCUGCUUGGAGUUUUUGAGUAAAUGUUUUGUAUUG